UUUCAAAAAAAAAAAAAUAAAUUAAACAAUAAUUUAAAGUGUUUUUCAUUUUAAACCAAAAAAUAUGUCACAAAUAGACAACAAUCCUAUGAGACGCCUAUCGGCUACGGGCGACACGUUGUACAUUAUAUUGGGAGUACCCAAGACUGCCACCCAGGAUGACAUCAAAAAGACUUAUAGACGAUUAGCCUUACGCUACCAUCCGGACAAAAACCCGAAUAACGUUGAGGCCGGCGAAAAGUUUCGUGAUAUCAAUAGAGCCCACUCUAUACUAUCGGAUCAAACCAAACGAAAUAUUUACGAUAAUUACGGCUCACUUGGCCUCUAUAUAGCCGAACAAUUUGGCGAAGAAAAUGUCAACACAUACUUUGUAUUGACCAGCGGCUGGUGUAAAGCCAUCUUCUUGUGUACGGCUGUUGUCACCUGUUGUUACUGUUGCUGUUGUCUGUGCUGUUGUUUUAACUUUUGUUGCGGCAAAUGUCGACCAAAACAUCCCGAAGGCGAUUACGCACCCGAUUUGGAAGCCGAAGAUGAGGACACAUCUGAGUUGAAAAAGCAGAAUGAAUGGGGAGAAGAGCUAUCAAACAAUGCUAAGACCACUACCACCUCUGCCGCCACCACCGCUGCUACCGCUGGUCAUACAUCAUCGGCAACAACUGCUGUACCGGUCACUAGUCAACCAAUCGGUGCGCACGCCAGCGAUCCAUGGGCCGACAGACAGUCAAUACCGAUAGCUAUGCCACCGCCACCGUCGGCAGCUGGUGGCGACCCGUGGGCGGCAACCGAGACCACUGGUCUUAAAGAUACUCAUCACUCGACAUAUAAUUCUUAGGAUUUUUUUUUUGCUUCGUUCUCGUUGUUGUUAAACAAACAAAAAGCAAAACAAACAAAUAGUUGAUUAAAAAACUAUUAUUAAUUAUUAUUAUUAUUA